AUGGGUGGAUCAACGUCGAAUAUCGCUCAUUCGACCGAUGAAAAUCUUGAAUCGUUGUCACUGAUUUGGCUGGAUGCCAAUGUUGACAACUCCAGAGAAAACAUUGAUAUACAAAACCAACUUCGUUCCAUCGUAAACUAUUUGAAGACAUUUCAAGAUGUGACAGAAUGCGAAAAUUAUAUUCGAUCAAUGCUCGAUGGAGAUAGAGUGUUACUCAUCGUCAGUGGACGUCUGGGUCAAUACAUAGUACCGCGCAUUCAUAAACUUCGCCAGAUUCUUGCUGUCUAUGUCUUUUGCUGUAACAAAGUGAACCAUCAAGACUGGGCUAAACAAUUUACCAAGGUGAAAGGCUUAUUUACCAAGACGCAAGAUCUUGUCUCUAGCAUUCAAUCGGAUCGUGAACGACGGAAACAAGGCGACGAGCCAAUCUUAUUUUCUGUUCAAGGACGAUCAACUAGUGAACUAAAUGGGCAAUUUGUUCAUUCUCAAAUCUUUAUUGAUAUUUUACUUCGAAUAAAACCAACCCAAGAAGACAGAGACGAACUCAAUUUUCUUCUUCACAAGAUAUACAAAGGAAAUGCUAGUGAAUUAGCGAUUAUCAAAGAAUUCGAUAAGAAAUAUCGAGCUGAUGAUGCACUGUGGUGGUACACAAGAGAAUCGUUCGUUUAUCGAUUGUUAAACAAAGCUCUUCGAGUACAAAAUAUUGAUAUUCUCUUUCUAUUUCGAUUUUUUAUCGUUGAUCUUCAACAACAGCUCGCUAAAUAUCGAUGUACCACCCCUAUUCGUCUCUACCGGGGUCAAAAAAUGUGCAAAGACGAAGUACAAAUGUUACGUAACUCCAUCGGUCAAUUCGUCUCAUUCAAUUCUUUUCUAUCAACCAGCAUCUAUUCUUCCGUAGCGCAUAAGUUCUUAAUGCAAACGUCUGGUGAUGGUGAAAGAGUCUUAUUCCAGAUCGAUGCCGAUCCUACUAUUUCAACAAAACCUUUUGCAGAUAUCACUCAGCGUAGUCAUUUUUGUAACGAAAAAGAAGUGUUGAUUAUGCUUGGAUCAAUCUGUCGAAUUAUUGACGUAUGCAUCAAUGAUGAGCAAAUAUAUGUGGUUCAAAUGACGUUGUGCUCAGACGAUGAUCAUCACCUGAAAAAUAUUUUUGAAUACAUGAAGAGUCUACAUGGAGGCGGAGAAAAGAAUCUUCUCUCAUUUGGCAAUGUACUUGCAGAGAUGGGUAGAUUUGAUGAAGCCGAAAAGUAUUAUUUCCGUCUACUAAAACAUCUUUCUGCAGAUAAUCCAAACAUUGCUCGUUGCUAUCAUGGACUCGGCAAUAUAGCUGAUGAAAAAGAUGAUUAUGAUGCAAGUCUCGAGUGGCAUCAAAAGUCACUUCAGAUAAGAACUGCAGUCUUACGCGCAGAUCAUCCUCAUCUCGCGGCGAAUUAUAUUAGUAUUGGCUGUGCGUUUUUUAAUCAAGCAGAUUAUCAACAAGCUUUUGAAUCCUUUGAAAAAGCACAUGAUAUUAUCGAAACAGCAUUUGGUGCCAGGCAUCCUGAUGUUGCCAUGUGUUUGAAUAACAUGGGCUGUGUCUACGAACGCGAACAAAAGUACAUCACGGCGUUGAGAUACCACGAGAAAGCGUUGAGAAUUCGUUUAAAAUGUUUACCUGAAUAUCAUCCUGAUGUGGCACAAUCUUAUCAUAAUAUUGGUAAUGUCUAUCGUGCGUUGCGAGAGUAUGAUGUUGCAUUAGAAAAUUAUCAGAAAGCAUUGGAAAUCAAAUUCAAAUCUUUACCUUCUGAUCAUCGUGAUAUUGCUCUCACCUUGGAAAAUAUCGGUAACGUGUACAACGAUAAAGACAAUUUGCAAGAAGCACUCUCAUAUUAUAAAAAAGCAGAAUUCAUUUAUGAUCGUUCUUUACCGGCUACACACAUGACUGCAUUUUCAUCAAGUAAGUUCCCCUACAGUUGCUGGCACUAUGUGGGGGCUGGGGAUAGCAGCAACAAUAGAAAUGUGACAGGACCGGUACCAAGGGGCGUACAACAUGCCAAUCCACUUCUUUAUACAUUAGCUCAAGAUCAUAUGAACAUUCAACCGUAUUGGAUUAUGGUUUUACAAUUAAUUGUGAAAUAUAUCAUCAUUUAG